AGGUUCUACUUACUCUUUUGUAGAGCGUGUCACAUCGAUUCAUCCUGCCGGUAGGUGCUCUAUGCCUAUUUGGGAUGCACAGAAUAGAGUAGGUUCUUCCUCUGCUGAACGCAAAAAUAACUACACGCUUGGCAAGAACAUCUUUGUUGAACAGACUUCGGUAAUGUAGUGCUCGUCUCUUCGUCUCGCUGUCGCUGCAGCCGCACAAGAAGAUAUUACUAGAAGCUCUCGAGGACUUCUGAACGCAUCAGUCUCAGUCUCAAGUGCUGCCGAGUCAGCAUGUCGAGAUCACUUACAGGAUGCAUCUGCUUGGCUGCUCUAGGACUUGCGGUGUUGUACCUCAAUUUGCGACAUGGUUUGGAGCUCAAUGGCGACCGCGUCAGGAAGAAAUGGCUCAACUAUCAACACGACCUGUCACCCGACAGAAAACUGAAGUUAAGGCUAAAUACAUUAAGACCUGUCUCCAGACAGAAAACUUAAAAUCCUGAAGGUAAGACUACAAUCAUUAAAAUUGAGUAUUCUGAAUUUUUUUGAUCAGUGGUCGUACUCGUAGAUAGAAUUUCGUUGCACUAUGAAAAGAAGUAUUUGCAACAGCACUAGAAAGAAGUUAGUACUUCGACGAUGAUAACCUCCUAUAAUUUAAUACAUCAGUAGGAAUUCUUAAAUUACUUUUUAGGUUGUCAAAAAAUUACUACUGGUCUACUCCUUAAGUCUAGAAUCUAGUACUUACUUGCGCUUCUUCCAAUAAUCAUGAAGCAUCAACGUUUUUCGGUCACCGUGAUGCCUGUCGUGGAUGCGAAUUUUGCAGGCGGAAAUUUUGUCCAACUCUAUUCCAUUCAAUGUAUGGACGAUGUUUUUUCUCCCUCCACUUAAAUAUACAUGUGAACAAUGGUUGUGGAAUUUGGUAACCUGAUUUGGAUCACAAGAAAGUGCUGUGUACUGACAUUCUAGAGGGGAGCAAAGAAAAACUUUCAUAGAAUGUUAUGCGCGGAAGCAUGGCUAUCGCUUCGAAGUGUUGAAUACGAAUGCGCCAGAGCAUAAAGCUUGCAAUAGUAGAUAUUAGGGCUACAAAACUCGCUCAAGCAUCUUCCCUCUACAUCGAUCAUGAUCCUACCAUUUGGAUGCUGCUUCUUUUUCGAGAAGUCCCACCAUUCUGAUGCUGCUUCUUUUUCAAGAAGUAGUAGCAAAAAUCUAGAGAAGUUUCAUCGACAGUCUAAUACUUCUUGAAAAAGAAGCAGCACCCAAAUGGUAUUGAUCCAUCCUUGGCCUAAAGAGGAAGAUGCGAAGAACGCGGUCUAUCAUCUUUAAGUAUAUGGAGACUUCUUCUUCCGGAAACAUUGUGCCGUAGCCGACGUGCUAAAAAGGAGAUUAUGAACUACGCUGUUUUCAUUAGAUUUCUCUACAUCAAGAAACCGGACAAGAAUCUAGACAAUGAGCAGAAGUCCAUGCACUUUUUCUAGUCACUCAAUCUACUCCAUCUAUCUAUGUAGUCAGCAACUAGGUGGACAUGUUAUAUUUAUAAAUAUGCUUGAUGGCUCCGUCUGAUCAGGAGGUAUCUUACUAAUCAUGUAUGAGUAGGUGCACUAGAGUAGAUUGCAUGAGUUUUUGCGCUGUUCUCUCUGCUUCAAAGCUAAUUUCUUCUUCCUUAACGAAUAUGUAGAUCAGGGACAUCGACGGACAACUAAUACUAUUUCAUCUUCCUUAAGAACAUCUCUACCUCACAAUCAAGCACGCCGCUCUCGCCUCUAGUCUUUCUGGCACUUUUCUCACGCUACGUAGCAGUUGGCGCGUUACCUGAUCUUCAUUUAUUUUCAUUCUUUCAAUCUUUCCUAUCCUGGAAUAGAAGAGAACGGCAAAUACUAACGGCUGUUCCAAGAUGAGGGGGUCGUCGAGAGGAGCGAAUAGAACCCAAGUCCUACUUUCCAACCAACGAUCACUAACUACUUGCCAACCUAAUCCUACUUAUCAACUCCUAUCCUAUCGUAUCCUACUUAUCAGCUCCUAUCCUAUCCUAUCCUAUCCUUCUAUCCUUCUAUCCUAUCCAAACCAACCAACCCAAAGGCACUCUCUAAAGAGAAGGGAGAAAGAAGCGGGAGCUGGGGACGAGGCCGAUCUUAUGAGUCUGAACCAAUCUCAAUCUAGAAGAAAAUAGAAACAACUAUUUAUUAUUUUGAACAAGAAAUACUACUAAAUAUCGAAGAGAACUACUAAAUACUGAAGAUGAUGAAACGGUAAUAAACUAGCUGGAGAGCAGAUGGAGAAGAAGCAGAUGAUGCACCACGUUUAGCUUCACCAGAAAGGAGAACAAGAUCAAGUUUUGAUGAAUAUUUAUUAAUUAGUUCUCUUUCUUCUCUAAGUUCCAUUUUUACUUUGUGAUAGAUUCCGAUAUGGUUGUCGCUGGAAUGAGUCUGCCACUCACCUACUGUUAAGGCUAGUUUAUUUUCACUAUCUAUCCCAUGUGAGAGAACUAUGUUAGUUUGUUCCUGCUGAAGAUUGGAGCCUCCUCCUUUGAUUUCUAAACUAAGGGGGAUAGAAGGAAGCUAAGGCGGGGAACAUUCAUCUUAGAGGGUGCGAAAGAAACUCAAACUGAGGGGGACACUCACAUCACUCACAGGAUAUCUAGCUAAGAAUAAGAAAAAGGCAUAUUUUUAGGGAAUAAAUGCAUUGAAAUUACAGCGCUAAUGUUGGCUCCAGGAUAAUCCUGCGGAUCUCACAUUCUACGAGCGAUCCUGGAAUUUUGAAGUUAUGGCUGGAAACUACAUCGUCCGGAACACCCCUUUCGCCACGGAAUUUCUCGAUCGAUGGGCGAAGUAUUAUUACCGAUUGCCUUUAUGAUGGAAGAUUCGGUAGUGGCUAGUACUAGUACUUCUUAUUAUAGAACAAUAUAUAUUAAUCUCGUCUCUGAUAGAUGUUACUCUUUUGAAAAAGACAAUCUGGCCUUUGGUCUUCCACGGUCCAUCUUAUUAUAGAACAAUAUUAAUCUCGCCGUCGCACGUCAUCCAGUUACAGACAGUACUUCUUUGAGAUGAGUUUUUAUGUGGAAUUAUUUUUUUCUCUUUCAUCAUCAUCAGGCUACCUGUAGUUUUUAUAUAUUUCAUUAUUCUCGUCAGUUCGUAGGAGUUGGCGUAGAUCAUAUGGAAUGUUCUAACAUCAUGGAAGCCUGGACUUUCUCGGCUCUCUUCUCACUUUUACCACCAACUUUUAUCGAACACUAUUUUCGAUUUCGUUUUUUCCAAAUCCAAUCUACUUAGAAGUGUAACAGAAACAGUAUCAAAUUGUCAUUAAAUUGUCAUUAUCUAAUAUGAACCGGAUUUUCCUCCUCCGACCAAGGUGCUAUCCAUUACGGCUACCGCAGAAGCAUAUCCUUGACACCGGGAAGUAGUAGUACAACACCUCUAGAAUAGGCACAAUCAUCAUCAUCAUCAUCAUCAUCAUCAUCAUCGUCAUCGUCAUCAUUUAGCAGUGAGUUACUAAUCCUUGAUCAGUCUGGUCAUCAAUCAGAUCACAUGAUCAGAUCACAUGAUCGAUCCUUGGAGGUUGCUCUUUUUCAAGGGGAAAAAGGGCUGCUCAGUGUGCUUGUACCUCCACCAGGAAGCGUCCUGGUAGCUCUAACUUCACCAACUGAUGCUAGAGACCUUACAUCUGCGUGGCCAUCAGGAGUGCCGCAAAGAGUGGAAAAACCUGACUGCACCUGUCCAGAACCUGAAGCCCUACUUUUAAGGCUUUGAGAAUCCUCCCUUCGUUCCUUCCUUCCAAAUUUCCUUAUCUAGUUAGGUGCAGCUCCGCCACAAUUUAUUAAGAGGCGCUCCACCCCUAAAAGUAUUCUUAUUUUGAUAGGUGCUUCACUGCUCUUAAUACUGAGACGGGAAAUAUGAAAUAAUUAAAGGAACCAUCCACGACUUCCAGAAUCGAAAAAAAAGUCAACGUCUUGUUCAUUGGUGGCCUGUUCACUUGUCGAACUCUAAUAGUCCCACUUUGUUUCCUGCACAAAACGCCUUCUAGGACCACCACGAGAUUGGAAAACAAGAAUAAAUGUCACUAGGAAAAGAAAAAUCAAGAAGCCAGCACCAGUGUCGAAGACUCCCACAGCUACAAAGUUAAGCUUAGGGAGGGCUGAGUAUUAAAGUUGAUCUCCACGACGUCCUAUCUAGGAGCAUUGAUUAUAUCUAGCAUUGCAUCUAGUGUAUGCCUCUUUCUUCUUCAAGUUGUUUAGGAAAGCAGAAAGUCUGUCGUACCAUUUGAUUCUUCUUGUCAUUGUUAUCUAUAGCAGGAUCUCUGGUGCGGGUGGUCCUCUUCUUCUAUGUGUGAGAGUCGCUAGAUCGCUCAACUUGCAGCCCAACUUCUACGCUAAAAAAAGGAGUAGUAGUUUCCUCCCCCUCCUCUCUGUCUUCACAGAAUGGAGCAGCAGGGGUGGAAGCAGCGCGAGGCCUUUCGUCUUCUUCGUUUAAGGGUCGUACGCCGUAAAGGUGUUCCUGUUGCCGUUUCUUUUCUUGCCUCUCAAACGCAUAUACAAGAAAAGCAUAAAAAGAACAAACGGGAAACAGACAUGAAUACCACUGCUAAAGAUUCGUCUUCAAGAAGUGUUGCAACAACCUCCGCUCCGUUGACGAGUACAACCUCAAAGCCGCAAAACCAAACGACAGCGGCACCUCCACCGACUACAGUUAAGGCUGAUGUAGCUAGUUCAUCCUUACCAGCAUCCUCGAAACGUUAGGGUUAACCGCAUACUCCUCAGGAGAAGCAACUGCGGAGGACUCUAAUGCAAUUGCGCCUCCGAAAGAGAUAGAGGUGACAGAGAUUUCUCACACCCUCAUGGAUGGACGGAUACGCAUUUAAGGCCUGCAUAUCUCCCAAGUCACAACAUUCUCUUCCUCUAGGUAGACUUAGACGGACCUCUAGUACUGUAAGUCAUCUUAUCAUCGUCUACACGAGCAUUUACAUGAUCUGUUUCUUCUCUACUAAGUUUUCUCCUUACAUACUCAACACCUCAUCUUUAUUACAUGAUCUGUUUCUUCUCUACUAAGUUUUCUCCUUACAUACUCAACACCUCAUCUUUAUUACAUGAUCUGUUUCUGCUCUACUAAGUUUCCUCCUUACAUACUCAACACCUCAACUUUAUUACAUGAUCUGUUUCUGCUCUACUAAGUUUCCCACCUCAACUGCCACCUCUUCUAAAUUCCCUUACCUCGCUGGCAUGGCUUUGCUGCAGAUCAUGGGGUUUUGCCUACGAGGUGUUCCGCCUUCCACGUGUUUCAUCACGGUGUAAAAGGUUCGCAAGAAUUAAGGCUCCUUGAUGACGCUCACUAUCUGGUGUCGUGUUAGGAUAAUCCUGAAUGCUGGAAGAUUGCACUAAGCGCUUUAGUGCCAAGGAUAGAGGCACUAAUUCGCCUGAAAAAGAGACUGUGGGGAUCAUCGUCUUGGUGCCCUUGUGUGAGGAUAAUCCUGAAUGGCAGAUCAGUAUCUGGCGUCGUUUUAGAUUGCUCUUUAAUACAACUUUUUACUUCAUAGAAAUACUGACCUUGAAGAGUCUUCCUCGGUAUGCUUUAAAUAUUGCUUAUAAGGGGAAAGCGAAACAAAGCAACUCCUCACUAGGGACUUACCAUAGUUCCUGAAUCAUUCAGAAGACACUGGACUGCCACAGAUAGUGAGUGUCUAGCGUCAAAAGAAGCUGCGAAUCUGUACAACCACGUAACGUUCAGAAUAUCCUCUACCGAUUUGCUGAAGCUACUAAACCCUAAGGAUUUCGGUGGGACGAGUAAUUAAGGCUCCACCUCGUGUGAUUAUCAACAUUUUUGUUUUUCAAUUUUAUGUCCCUUCUAGCUAAGUAAGGAUUUUGGCGGACCGAAUAUAUGAGGCUUCACCAUAAAGAGGAUUUUGAUUCUAUGAUAACCUAGAAUUUAGGUUGUGAUUAAUGUAAGGAUAAUUUUUAUUCUUAGGUUACGUUUGUGCUCAAGUACCUGAAAAUCAGGGACAUCGACGGACAACUCGCUGACUUACAUUCUUAGGAAUUUUUAGGUAAGUAGUUUACUCGGUCUAGUGUUAUAAUACUGUUGCCUCGUCAAGUCGAGCAUGCUAUAUUGAGUAUGGCCUGAGGAGCAGGAGGACAUCUUCUAGUAGCUCUAGUUCUUGUUCUUCUUGUAUCUAUGGUAUGUGUUUUGGUAACCUGAUUUCGAUCAGAAGGGGAACUAAGAAGAGGGGCACGUGCAGAUUUGAUUAUAUACAACUGAGGUCAUUGACAACGUAAGUAGGAAGUUGCUUCGUGCGUCCGUUACAACACUACUGUACUAGUACGUACAACUGUGUCAAGUUUAAUGGCUACAACAGGGUAUAAUUUUUAGUAGUUUCGUCACGUGCUGUGACGUGUUCACGGACAUGAUAUGCUCAGCCUCAUUACUCAUUUUAUCAACUUUAAAAACUUAUGAUAUCGUUCACUAAUAUCACUUAUGAUUUUAAGUGGUAGAAUUAAUUUUUUUUCUGAAAAGGAUGGCUCAACCACUAUUAUAUGAUAAACAUGUCGACCACGAGCUUGCGUAAGUUCUCAGGUUUUUAUCAUCUUCUUUCCUCUUCCUCGGAGCUCUUCUGCUAAUAUGAAGAACCAGUAAAGGCGUAUGACUUCCUGACCCAGAACGAGCACGCGACUGAGCAGAAGGACGCUGACAAAAAGAUGGAGGAUUUAGUUUCCGAGAAAGUAACACUGAAAAAAAAAGAGGAGCAACAUUUACUUCGCUUGUCGAAGAAAAACGAUUUCUCUUCUUCAACGCAGUCCUCUAUCUUGGCUGGUUAAGGCUCAAAAUGCUCCAUCUUCAAGCGUCAACAUUCUUCUUACUUUCUUUCCUCCUUAAGUGCAUACUGAGGUGGGACGAGCUAAAAAAAGGAUUUAUGGGUAUGGCUAUGGGAGCAGCUUUCUUAUAUAUAAGUGAAUUUGUCCAGAGCUGCCAGUGUCACAGAAACACUGUCAGACCACGUCUCUACGGUCACUAUGAAAGGUGAUAGCAGGGACAUUAGCAUGCAACGCCUAAACCAUUAAGCCAACUCUGCUGACUAUCCACUAACGAGCUUCCCUUUCCAGUUCUCCAACGAGCGCGCCGAAUCCCCUUGCGUGCUUCGAGGACAAGAGAAAGUUACGAGGAAAUCCUGCUUAUGUUUAUUAUUAUUAUGUAGUAUUUUGAUGAUGACAAGCUAGCUACAAUAAGAUUCUGCAGCAAUUUUGACGCUACAAGUUUGACGCUACAAGAUCACAACGAAGGCUAGUCGUAUUACUUUUUUCUUCUUCUAGACUGCGGAAGUUGCUUCUUCGCACAUGUAGACCAAGCACCUAGAUCUUCUUCGUCUUCUUCCCUACUUUUCCCCAGUCUCUACAGUUCCUAUUACUCCCCAGAGUUCCCAGACAACGCAGUCUCCAGACUUCCCAGACAACGCAGUCCGCAGUUUACCAAGUCCCCAGACUACCCAGACUACGCAGUCCCCAAACUUCCCCAUUUUUCCCCAAACUAUCUUCUAAGCCUCUGCCCGAAUAAGAUAGGAGAAAGUCGGCUUAGCCUCUCAAAAUCGAUUCUGGAGGGUGAGAAUGGCAUUUACGCCGGUCUCACUACCACUAGCGACUUCGAUAAAGUCUAUCGAUUUACGGCGACAAAAAGGUCAAUUAAUUUCUAUUUUUACGCUAUACAUAUGUUCGGUUUUCGGCAAACCAUAUUAUAAAGUUCAUUUUGCUUUUGGGCCACGACCUUACUCCUUUUGCUUGUUGCGGAACUCUCCUUGGAAUGCACGAAGACCUCCUAAAAGAUUUACUAUGUAUACAAAACUAGUAAGAAACUAACAUAUAAUAAACACACCAUCCAACAUGAUUAGGGUGGUAGUAGAAGAACUUCUAUGCAAUGAGGCUCCUCAGGUGAUCGAGUAAGGAUCGCAACAUGAAGCAUACACAUGACAUAAGUAUAUGAUGAACGCGGCCAACCCACCAGUAGUUUCUUCAUCUUAAGGCUGUACCUAAUACAUCUUUGGACGCAUCCUCGAAACGUAUGGAGGAGUAUCCACCUGAGGGAAAAGGGCUCCCCCAUACUUUUCAAGGAUGCACUUGAAAGAUGAACUCCGGACAGCUCUAACCACCAUAUUGCUCUUAACGAGAGGAGUACUAAAGCCACCAGUUUCUUCAUCGUAAUUUGGAUGAUUUUAUAUAGGUUAACUAAUUGAUUGAAAGGGCGGUAGCAUAUAGUCCUAACGCAAAAAAAAAAACGUCUUGUUCUAAAGAGAGGAGUAUUAAAGAGUGUCUCUUGAACUUCCGCUGCCGGCCUCUAGGCCCAGACUCGAGUGUGAUGGAAAAGCCCUUUUGCGGUGCGGGACGUGAGCCCGACUAUGAUGGUGUUGGCAAAAAACCUCAACAAGACCUUCCAGGGGAAGUGGACGAAAUGGUGUAAGCGAAAAGCCUCAACAACAUUAAGGCGGCUCAAGAUAUUUCAUUAGGACACCUCAUUUUUCUCCUCUGUUUUAUUCUUUUUGACAAGAUUGGGGCUGAAACUGGUAGGCAAGCUUUAUGCGUGGUGCUUUCAGCUCUAACAACAAGGCCGACAAGAGGAGGGGGCGAAGUGGAGAUCGACUUCGUGGAUAGGGGAAGGGAUUCAAAUCAUGGUAUAGUUACAUCUUACAAGGAAUAGGGAAUAGAGAUGUAGUUCCUUGUUGUUCCCAGUAAUAUUAGCUCUCCUUGGUUGAUGCAGUGCUGGACGGCCCGUGACCAGGUAGAAGUGGACGCCGUAGAGAACAAGGGAUCAUGAUUACUUACAGUUACACGGAAUCAUGAUAAUUAUAUUUGCUCCAAUUAUAUAGUAUAGGUGUGCUGGCAGUAGAUUCAUCGGCUCCUCGGAGGCGUUGGCGUGCUUCGUUUUAUUAUAGUCCUUGCGUCCGCAGCUACUUGUUUAUCAUCGUGAUGGAUAUUGUCACUGUCCCACUGAUCUAUCGUGAUGAAUAUUGUCUCUUGUUUGUCGUGUCUAGUAUGGGCCUCGCCCUUCUAUCGAACCAAAAUUAAUAUACCUUACUCAACAUUGUACUCAGAAAAUUUAAAAAUUGACAGCGAUAUUCAUAUUUAUUGUUCAACACCUUGGGAAAAUUUGAAAUUAUGAGUUGAUAACGAUAUUCAUAUUGUUCGACACUCUCUCUCUCAGAAAAUUAUUCAAUCAAAAGUUGAAAAUAACGAUACUCCGUAUGACUUGGUUUACUCUCUCUGUUGACUUGGUUUACAUUCACUUCGAGCGGGACCACGCUCAGGAGGUGGUAGAGGGUGUUGUUUGUUGAGCAUUAAGAUGCUCGUCCAUCCUCAGAGGUAAGUACUUACCAAGUAAGCAUCAAAAACAUGCGAAAAUGCGGCAGAAGGAACACCUACAUUUACCAACGAGUAAUGAAAAUUCUUUGUUGUUGUAUGCGGAAAAAUAG